GGGGUCACGUGGUGGCGGCCGGAGCAGCCGCUCCUGUGCGCGUGGUACGCAAGGAGACGCCGCCGAUGACUUACGUGAUCCACUUCCAGACAGCUGAUUCGCACUGCUAGCAAUUUAUCAAGUUGUUUUUCUUUGAACAAGUCACUGAAUGACGAGCAGCAAAAUGAAGAAGCACCUGGGUUGUUUUAUAAGGACCAUCAGUCAAAUGCAGGUCUGCCCUUCUGCAAUGAGUCCUUGUUCUAGAACUGUGGUGAGAACAUAUGUGUUGAGGACUAACGGGCAUAAGAGCGCUAUACAAAGUCUUUAUCUCAGGCGAUGCCCAUUGUACAUAUCUCCUUGCUGGCUUCAGUCUGCUGGAUUUUUUUCUCAAGAUGCAUUCAUCGUCAGCACAGAAAGUGCCAACGCAAACGAACAGAAAACUGCUAAUGGUUUGUUAAACGAUCAAACGCAAAGCUCUAGACCAGUGACAGAAGAAGUCACUGAACCGCCAUCUGGUUCCAUGGUCACUGCAGCGACAGACAGAAGUGCAGGUGAAGAAACGGACAAGCGGUCUGUGGCCCAGCAGUACUUUGAUGAGCUUCGAAAGUGUGCAUCCCCCUGUGAUGUACUAGACUUGGUUUCGAGAUACCCGAUUUCCUCAAAGUACAUCAGUAACAACCUGACCACUAUGUGGAUGCUGACCAAAAGACUAUCGGAAGACCAGAGGCGUUAUGAGAGACAGCUGAUGUUUGAGCACCCUCAUUUUAGCCAGCUCUGCCAGUGCGCAAUGCAGGAGGCCAGGUACAUGUGGCGCGAUGACUUGGCGUACAGCCUGCACGCUAUUGUGAGACUUGGAGUCCCGCAGAACACCCGAUUGGUUCAGACAUUGUUGAGGAUUUGCCAGGAGCGUCUGAAUGAAUUUGAUGACCGGAGUCUUUCCGUUGUCGCCUCCACUUUGCAAGGGAUGGAAAAAUGCAAGAAUGUGGAAGCUCUCCAAACUGGAUUGCAAUUACUGGUGGAGCAACGAAUCCCAAAGAUCUCCAGCCUGUUUAUGCUGCAAACGAUGAUGAAAUGUAUGGGAGUGGACUCGCCUCUCUCUCUUAAGACAAAAGUGGAGAACAAGAUUUUGAGCCAGAUCGAUCAGCUGACGUUCCCAAAUGCUUAUCAUAUGUUCAGUGCGCUGGCUGAAAUGAAUUUUCGCUCCCUGCCUAUUCUGAACGCUUGCAGUGACAAAAUAAUAGAGAAUAUCGAGGGAAUUCCGUUUUGGCGGCUGCUGACCAUUCUGAGAUCAUGUAAUGACCUUCUGUAUCGCAACAGUGCACUCUUUUCUGCCAUAGCCGAUUACGCAGCAUCAGCCUUCUACAUGUGGGACACUAAACAGGUGGUCCUCUUCCUUUCCGCCUUUGAGAAUCUUGGCUUUCGCCCAGCCAGUCUGAUGGAUGCUUUUGCUGAGAAAGUGAUAUCUCAUCCCGAUUCCUUGAUUUUGAAGGAUAUUCUGGCUGUUCUUCGAGCCUAUUCUGUGCUCAACCACCUCCCUGAAGGCCAGGAUCAGCAGUUCCUUCAGGUUCUGAAUGGGGCCUUGACCAGCUAUCUGCCCAGGAUCCCGAAUGUAGACUUACUGAGGGCUGUAUACUCAUUCUGCAUUUUAGGCUAUCUUCCCCAACCAGCCCUUGAUCAGCUGCUACAAGAUGAAGUCCUUCACGAACUGAUGACUGAAGAUGGGCAAAACUUGGAGCAAAUUGAAAUGAUGUUGCGUACCGUGAACAUUUGCCUGGCGCUCGAGGGUCAUUCGGUCCCCAGGCCAGCGAUAGGCUUAUCAGUGGAGAAGCAGUCGUCCCCUUCCCAUUCUCAUUUUCCUGAGAUGCAGGAGGUCCUGUUCGCACUCCUCGGAGACGCGAGUUUGUUUCGAUCUAACGUAAAGUUGACUUGUGGCCACAACAUAGAUUUUGAAAUCCUAAUGGAUGCCAACAGAACGGUGGUGCCCAGCAUUGAAGCCGAUCAGCCAGGAGAUGAUUCCAGAAUUCAAAGGGUGGCUGUGCUGUGUGUUCCCGCGUCUGCCCUCUGCUUUGGCUCGAGACACCCCCGCGGCAGGCUGGCCAUGAAGAUGAGACAUCUGAGUCUGCUCGGCUGUCGCGUGGUCCUGGUUCAUUACCCGGAAUUUCAAAAACUGAAGAAAGACGAGGCGGUUCAGUUCUUGAAGGGAGAAAUAUUUCCAUCAAAAUAACAUAACAUCUUGGCUCUCUGGUCAGAACACCCAGUGAAUGUAUAUGACACCGCGACAUUUUGUACCCUUCAGGAAAAGAACUGUGGAUAAGAUUCUUUAAUCUUGCAUUGUUUGUCCUCUGUUUUGACUGAUGGUCUUAAAAUCUUGUCUGCCAGUUCACAUUUGUUCUAGAAGGAAGGAAGAACACAUAGUUGGGUCUUUGCUAGUGCCCGUUAUGCCACUUAAGGUGGAAAUGGAAGAGAAUGUAGAAUAUGUAAAAGGAGAAUACAGUAUAUACACUGUAGAUUAUAAUUAUACAAAAUGAAUAUGGUCCGCAUGAGUUGUCUCCGCG